AUGAAACUUGACAUUAAGAGACAACUCUUUGCCCGCUCCGAGCGGGUAAAGGGCAUUGACUUCCAUCCCACGGAGCCAUGGAUCCUGACAACUCUAUAUAGCGGUCACGUAUACAUCUGGUCUUACGAGUCUCAGUCUAUUAUCAAGACAUUCGAACUCACUGAUGUCCCGGUACGAGCUGGUCGCUUUAUUGCCCGGAAAAACUGGAUCGUCUGUGGUUCAGAUGACUUCCAACUCCGUAUCUACAACUACAACACCUCAGAGAAGAUCGCUUCCUUCGAGGCGCAUCCUGACUACAUUCGUUCGAUUGCCGUCCAUCCCACCCAACCUUUCGUUCUGACGGCAUCCGAUGACAUGACUAUCAAGUUGUGGGACUGGGAGAAAAACUGGAAAUGCGUUCAGGUGUACGAGGGUCACAACCAUUAUGUGAUGGGACUGUCUAUCAACCCCAAGGAUACAAACACAUUCGCAUCUGCUUGUUUGGAUCGCACCGUUAAGAUCUGGAGCCUUGGCUCCCCGCAUGCCAAUUCGACUCUCGAAGCCCACGAGACCAAGGGUGUGAACCAUGUCGACUACUACCCACAAGCUGACAAACCAUAUCUCCUCACGACUUCGGAUGAUCGCACUGUCAAGGUCUGGGACUAUACGACUAAAGCGCUUAUUGCGACCUUAGAAGGUCACACAAGUAACGUGUCUUUCGCUUGCUAUCAUCCGGAAUUGCCCGUGAUCAUAUCGGGAUCCGAGGACGGAACCAUCAAGAUCUGGCACGCAAAUACAUACAGAUUGGAACAGUCGCUAAGCUAUGGCUUAGAGAGGGCCUGGUGUAUUGCCUACCAGCGUGGCAGACAGGGCAUUGCCAUGGGUUUCGAUGAUGGCGCGGUGGUUGUGAAAAUGGGUAGAGAAGAGCCUGCUGUAUCUAUGGAUGGAUCGGGAAAGAUCAUCUGGGCAAGACAUAAUGAGGUUGUCUCAACUGUUAUCAAAGGCGGCGAUGCUAGUAUUAAGGAUGGGGCACCACUUUCUCUCCCGACCAAGGAGCUGGGCUCGUGUGAGGUUUACCCACAAACCCUAUCGCAUUCCCCUAACGGCCGAUUCGUGUCGGUUUGUGGUGACGGCGAAUACAUCAUCUAUACUGCUCUUGCCUGGCGAAACAAGGCUUUUGGACAAGCCCUUGAUUUCGCAUGGGGCUCAAAGGACAACAGCAACGACUAUGCUAUCCGCGAGUCACCAACAAGUGUCAAGAUAUUUAAGAAUUUCAAAGAGAUUAGCGGCGGCCUCGAUGUAGGGUUCCAGGCCGAAGGUCUUACUGACGGUGUUCUUCUCGGUGUGAAGGGGCAAGGGGGUAUCGGCAUGUUCGACUGGGAGACUGGAAGCCUGGUCCGACGUAUUGAAGUCGAGCCGAAAGCUGUCUACUGGUCUGAAUCCGGUGAACUGGUCACUCUCGCUUGCGAGGACUCUUUCUACGUUCUCCGGUUCUCAAGAGAGAAUUACAUCAAUGGCCUAAAUACGGGCGAAGCCGAUGAAGACGGUGUCGAGUCGGCUUUUGAAGUCGUGACCGACGUCAACGAGACCGUCAGGACAGGCCAAUGGGUCGGAGAUUGCUUCAUCUACACGAACUCCACAAACCGUUUGAAUUAUCUUGUUGGUGACCAGACCUACACAAUCUCCCACUUUGACCAGGGGAUGUAUGUCCUCGGCUACUUGCCACGCGAUGGUAGGGUGUAUCUUGCCGACAAGGAUGUUAACGUUGUGUCCUUUGGUCUCUCUCUCAGCAUGGUUGAGUAUCAGACCGUGGUGUUGCGUGGUGACAUGGAUUUGGCGGCUGAGCUGCUUCAGGAUGUCCCUCAGGACCAAAUGAACAAGGUGGCCCGCUUCCUAGAAGGCCAAGGGUACAAGGAAAUGGCCCUCGAGGUUGCCACAGAUCAAGAGCAUCGCUUCGAGCUUGCUCUUUCUCUCAAUAAUCUCGACAUUGCUCUUGAGAUCGCCCGAGAUGCCAACGUGGAGCACAAGUGGAAGAUUGUUGGUGACACUGCUAUGUCGGCAUGGAAUCUUGCCUUGGCUCAGGAAUGCUUCACUAAUGCUAAGGAUUUCGGUUCUCUUCUCCUUUUGCACACUGCCAGCGGCAGCAAAGAUGGCCUCCGUAAGCUGGCUGAGCAGGCCUCGGAUGCUGGUUUGCACAAUGUUGCUUUCUCCACUCUGUGGUCCCUCGGGGAUAUCGAUGGAUGCAUCGAACUCCUUGUACAGACUAGCCGGAUUGCAGAAGCUGUCCUCUUUUCCCAGACGUACAAGCCGUCGCGAGCACCGGAACUCGUCAUGAAGUGGAAAGAGUCGCUUGAGCAGUCCGGAAAGACCAAGAUCGCACGCCUUAUCGGUGUUCCUCCUGGUGCCCCCGACGCCACCGCAGACGACGAGCUUUUCCCAGAAUGGGACGAGUAUAUCCGUCUAGAGAAAGAGGGCAUCGCUCCUCAGCCCCCUUCAUCGGAAUCCUUGAUCGAUGUUGACGAACACGAAGGUGAACGAGCUCAGACCGCCGCCAAUGGGGCCCCGGAGGUGGCAGUCGCCGAGGUGGAAGCCGAAGCAUAA